AUGCGUCGCGUGGUAGUGACAGGCCUGGGAGCCAUCACGCCCUUGGGAGUUGGCGUAAGGCGAACAUGGACUCGUCUUAUUAACAACGAAUGCGGAAUCGUCAGCGUCGCAGAUCUCGAGCCUCAGGCGCGAUGGAAAGAGUUGACGAGCACAGUCUCUGGGUUAGUGCCCAGUGGUGAUGGAGAAGGACGAUGGAGGGCAUCAGAAUGGGUCAAUGCAAAUGAGCAAAGACGAAUGUCAAAAUUUACAAAAUAUGCCAUCGCAGCUAGCGACAUGGCUCUCAGGGACUCGGGGUGGGAGCCGAAGAACGCAGAGCAGCAGGAGGCAACAGGUGUUUGCCUUGGAAGCGGUAUUGGAAAUCUAGACGAGAUUUACGAGACCAGUUUAGUGCACCAUCAAGACGGCUACAAGAAGGUGUCUCCGUUAUUUGUUCCCAAAAUUCUUAUUAAUAUGGCCGCCGGCCAUGUGGCUAUGAAAUACGGCUUCCAGGGUCCCAACCACACGGCUACGACGGCUUGCACGACUGGUGCACACUCGAUCGGAGAUGCAGCACGGUUUAUCACCAUGGGAGACGCCGAUGUAAUGGUCGCCGGAGGUUCAGAAUCAUGUAUCCAUCCUUUGACUUUCGCUGGCUUUGGCAGAGCAAGAUCUCUGUCGACAGCAUAUAACGACAAUCCCACAGCAAGCUGUCGUCCGUUUGAUGCUGACCGCAAUGGCUUCGUUGUUUCUGAAGGUGCUGCGGUGGUGGUUCUCGAGGAAUUAGAGCACGCCAAAGCACGGGGAGCCCAUAUAUAUGCUGAAAUCAAGGGCUACGGCUGCAGCGGUGAUGCUCACCAUAUGACAGCACCACGUGAAGAUGGCCAUGGCGCAUAUCUUGCUAUGAAGAAAGCACUCAAAAGUGCAGGCAUCAAGCCCUCACAGGUUGACUACAUCAACGCACACGCAACUGCAACUCAUGUUGGGGAUGUAGCGGAAACGUCGGCCAUCAGACGGAUCAUGCUGGGCGAAGAGGGACAUCAGAAAGAGUCAGAUGUUACAGUCAGCAGCACCAAGGGCGCAGUCGGACAUUUGCUGGGAGCAGCUGGGGCUGUUGAGGCUUUGUUUUGCAUCCUAGCCAUUCAUGAGGGAGUUGUGCCAGCAACAUUAAACCUACAGAAGCCAGAUGUUAGAGCUGCCUUUAAUUUUGUGCCAAAUGAAGCACAAGAGAAGACGGUUGAUGUAGCCGUAUCCAAUAGCUUUGGCUUUGGCGCUGUAUACUACUGUAUUUCUGCUGAUCAAAUUCCUCUCUAUUCUCAAGUGAUCGCAUGGGUCCAUGACGAUAACACUCCAAGUGCCUCUCAUCCCGCCUUGUCCAGGCCCUUCACGCCGAAUUUCCCUACUGAAAAUCCUCUCACAAUGAGCAUGGCCUGCGAGACAUGUAGAACCCAGGCCCGGACCGUCCUCCGGGCUGCAAUGCGAGCCGGCGCAUCACGAGCCGCUGCACCGACGACGAGGAAUUUCCUUCCACCCACUGCGGUUGUUACUCGACGACAUUUCAGCAACACGAGCUCGAGAAGCCUCCUCAAGGGUAUUGGAAAAUCUAUGGCCGAGCCGUAUCGUGUGUUGGGUGCGACGGAGCAGCUUUUCAAGGCUUCAGCGAAGGCGGCAGAUUAUCAUAUCACUGAGAAGGAGAGAAAGGAUGAUCAGGUGCAGCUCGCAGAGGAUGGUGAAGAGAUUGGGCAUUCUCUGAACCCUGACAGUCCCUGGCAUCACACCUUUAAACUUCCUCCAACCUUCAGCACCUGGUCCCACGUAACCAUGCUUCACCUCUACCUAAUCAACACCCGAAUACGCUGCUUCGACCGCGAGGGCUUUCAAAACUGGCAGCACCAGCUCACAGACCACUUCUUCUUCGAAUGCGAGAAGAAGAUGCACAUCGAUCACCACAUCACAUCGAGCGCCCUCCGCCAGCGAUACCUCAAGGACAUUUUCGUUCAGUGGCGUGGUCUCCUACUAGCAUACGACGAGGGCCUCAUCAAGGGCGAUGCGAUGCUGGCAAGCGCCAUCUGGCGAAAUCUGUUCAAGGGUUCUGCUGAUGCGGAUCCUAGAGCUCUUCUUGCUAUCGUGGGCUGGAUGAGAUCGACACUGUUGCAGUUCGAGGCUGUUUCGGACAAUAACCUUGCUGUGCAAUUACCAGCGAUUAUGGCCAAGCCAGUGGAUGUGUUCUGGACGAGAUUGGAGAAGCAACUUGGCGGACAGCAGGAGGAUAGUCUUCCUGCUAAGGAGGUGAACGAGGAGCCUGUAUCAACAGCGGAGACAGCCAAGGUUUCAGCGAACUAG